GGUGGAUGUCCAAUAAAGGAGGAGUAAUAACGUCGUCCCGUCUCAGUGUCAUCAGUGCCAUAACGUCCGAGACGUUACAAUAUAUUAUAUUAGCGGUAUUUAAUUACGAAGAUCUUUAUAAUUCUAAAUCGAAACACGACUCAAACUGACUCCUGCUCGGUCGGAAGUGCAACUGAAGGCGCUCGCAAUCGAAACACGACUCAUGGAAUAGAUGGUGGUAUUCGCCGUACUCUUUCCUUUCUUUAAAAAAAUAAUAUAUUGAACCAAAAAUCAAUGGUUGGUUGCGCACGCAGGUCCGCUCCACAGGCGCACAGCACUGUUUUGCCCGGCACGUUUUUGCCAAGGCGUUUUUGGUGCGGCUGCGUUUUUUAGAGUCGCGUCUGGGCUCGAACACACCAGAUGGCUCGAACACACCAGAUUUUUCUUUGCUCCGUCCCGAUGCGCGCAAACCGUUGUCGGAGCUCUGAGGCGCGCGAGACGGCGGGCAGAGGACUGUUAACGCGACACGUAGAGACAGAAGUGACAUGCUUCUGCUGUAAUUUGGCGCUAUAGAGAAAGUGACAGGGGGGCGAGCCAAUUUUUUUUUAUGUCAUGCGAUCAACCAUACUACGCCGCGAUCGACUGGCAGGGGUGCUCAAUAAGGCAGGGGUGCUCAAUACGUCGAGUUCAACGGAUCCGCACUCUGUUGACUUUUGCUGCCUGAUAGCGCCUGGGUCCGUGCACUCUUUUGUUCAAUGUGAUCCGCAGAGUGGAGGAAGUGUGAUGUCAGUGGCAAUGAGCGUAACGGAUCGGUUUAUUAUGCAGUAAUACAUCCACCGCUGCUCGGUCAGGUGAGCCGCCGCUUGAAAUCCAAUGCACCUCUAUUCAUGGUGUUACGGUACGAGGGCUCGUACGGCCCAAAAAGCACGACGAGGCCAUUUGAUCAGCAAUAAUUUCUCAAAUUUGAUAUAACAUGUCAAAAAUCAACAUUAUUUUUGGACAAUAUAUGAAAUAAUAUUAUAAUAGCACAUGAGGUUACACUACUGCACUGUUUUUAAUUGAAAGUCAGCUCAAAUUCAAUGAUUAUAUUCAGAAUUUCACCAUAUUAUAACUUUUAUUAAAGCAGAUCCUAAAAAGGUUAUAUUCUAUUUCCACUGGAUUGUUGUUCAUGAGGUCCCUGCUAUGUUCAUGUCUAUUAUCCAUGGUUAUUUUCAUGAGAUUUUACUGUACAGACUAAAGUCAAAAUCAGCUAAAAAGAGAGAAUUAUAUUAAUGAUUUCACAAUAUUUGAACAAACUUUAAAGCAGAUCCUUAAAAGUGUAUCUACAAAUGACACUGGUAGAGUAACAUCUCAUGACCAUAGGCAUAGCAGACAACAUACCAGUGUCAUAGAAUAGGGCCAUGAUGAAUCCUUAUAAAACACCUGUGUUUGUACCCUGCAGCGACAUGUCGAGGUGGCUCCAGCAACACUUUGCACCAUCAAGACCUCUGGGGAAAUAAAAUAACAAAACCGUAUUAAAAAAGAAAAGAAAAUGUAGAGUAGUUUAAAAAAAAGAACAAACUCAGUAUAUCAUGAGGCAGUGUGUCAUCAGCGUGGCUCAAUCUGAGCGUCUAUUGGCUGCCCGUCGGAGGAGAGGGCUGUGGUUCCGAGGAGUCUGCGCGACGGAGGGCUAAACAGGAUGCUGCUCCUGCUCCGCGGGCCUCGUCACUCUGUCCAUGACGCCUGGCCGUUUCUGACGCGCUCCUGGCAGACGGAAGCAGCACAGCAGCCUGGAUGGACCCUCGUUAUGUAAGGCGUCGGAUGCUGCUGCGAGGCGGGGAGUAGCAGAGUAGAACAGGGGGCGGGGGGCAUGGAGGUGGAAACUGACAGGAUGGUAGAUUUAGUGGCAAAUAGCAGCAUGUGCGUGUGCGCGUGUGCUUCUCGUGUCUGAACGCGCAGACAGCCGUCCGUCGGGGGGAGCGAUGGUGAAGCGGGCGUCGCUGUAGUGCGCAGUGAGCGUGCCCGUCUGGGCAUCAGUGGCCUAUAUAUCCAGAAAGGUGCACUGCCAUCUGGAGCCUGCGGAAGCUGCACUACUUUUUCAUCCGACCAGAGGCGCGUCUCGGUCUCCCUCCCUCCAGCGGGACUAAACCAAUGCGGCGUUGCUUUGGAGAAGAAACGCGUUCGCAUUUGGUUCCCCGUCGCUCCGGUUCAACCCAACAGCCGGCCGCGCUGCAGCACGAACAAUGGCGGGUCCCGAGCAAUCCCAACAGCAGCAGCAGCAGGUGGAGGAGAAGGCCGAGCAUCUAGAUGAUGCCGAGAUGGCCCUGCAAGGCAUUAACAUGCUGCUCAAUAACGGCUUCAAGGAGAGCGACGAGCUCUUUAGGCGAUACAGGACCCAGAGCCCGCUGAUGAGCUUCGGGGCCAGUUUCGUCAGUUUCCUGAACGCCAUGAUGACAUUUGAGGAGGAGAAGAUGCAGAUGGCCUGUGACGACCUGAGGACCACCGAGAAGCUGUGUGAGAGCGACAGUGCCGGAGUCAUAGAGACGAUCAGGAACAAGAUUAAAAAAAGUAUGGACUCCCAGAGGUCAGGCGUUGUGGUCGUGGACCGCCUACAGAGGCAGAUUAUUGUUGCUGACUGUCAGGUGUACCUCGCCGUGCUCUCCUUCGUAAAGCAGGAGCUUUCAGCUUACAUCAAAGGAGGCUGGAUCCUACGUAAGGCAUGGAAAAUGUACAACAAGUGCUACAGUGACAUCAGCCAGCUGCAGGAGACGUGCCAGCCGGGGCCCUCGGCCCACCAGGAGUCCCUCUCGACGGACAACGCCAACCAUAAUGCACCGGUGGAGAACUGCGUGACGGCCGAGGCCCUAGACCGGCUUAAGGGCUCCGUUAGCUUUGGCUACGGCCUCUUCCACCUCUGCAUCUCCAUGGUGCCUCCACACCUGCUCAAGAUCAUCAACCUGCUGGGUUUCCCCGGCGACCGUCUCCAGGGCCUGUCCUCCCUCAUGUAUGCGAGUGAAAGCAAGGACAUGAAGGCCCCUCUGGCUACGUUGGCCCUCUUGUGGUACCACACAGUAGUGCUGCCUUUCUUUGCUCUGGACGGCUCCGAUACACACGAGGGGCUGCUGGAAGCCAAAGCUAUUCUGCAGAGGAAGUCGGUGGUUUACCCCAACUCAUCCCUCUUCAUGUUCUUCAAAGGACGGGUUCACAGGCUAGAGUGCCAAAUCAACAGUGCUUUGGCCUGUUUCCAUGAUGCCUUAGAGCUUGCGUCCGACCAAAGGGAGAUCCAGCACGUGUGCCUCUAUGAGAUUGGUUGGUGUAGCAUGAUCGAGAUGAGUUUUGAAGACGCAUACCGGUCGUUCGAAAGGCUGAAGACUGAGUCACGUUGGUCGCAGUGCUACUACGCCUAUUUGACCGGAGUGUGUCAGGGUGCUUCGGGCGACCUAGACGGAGCAAGCAGGGUUUUUAAAGAGGUGCAGAAGCUGUUCAAGAGAAAAAACAACCAGAUAGAGCAGUUCGCUGUAAAAAGGGCUGAAAGAUUGAGAAAGAUCUUGCCAACCAGAGAGCUAUGCAUCCUUGGUGUAAUUGAAGUGCUGUAUCUGUGGAAGGCGCUUCCAAACUGCUCCUCGUCUAAUCUGCAGAUAAUGAAUCAGGUGUUACAGAGUCUAGAUGAGGCUCUGUGCAGAGGCCUGAAACACCUCCUCCUUGGUGCUAUUCACAAAUGUCAUGGGAAUAUGAGGGAUGCCAUUCAGUCCUUACAGCUGGCAGCUAGAGAUGAGUAUGGACGGCAGAUCAACUCAUACGUUCAGCCGUAUGCCGUCUACGAGCUCGGAUGUAUACUCCUCGCAAAACCGGAGACUGUGGGAAAGGGGAGAUCAUUGCUACUUCAAGCAAAGGAGGAUUUUACAGGCUACGACUUCGAGAACAGGCUUCAUGUCCGCAUCCAUUCAGCACUGGCUUCUUUGAAGGAAGUAGUCCCUCAGUGACUGCAGGAAGGGAAGCUACCGUAGCUCAAGCUAAGCUUGUGGCUCCUCCCCACACAUUUUAAGCCAUUCGCGAUAACUGUAUGGUGUCCCUAACCACAGUUAGAUUAUCAUGAAGUGUCAUCUCUGUGUAUUUGAGGAUGUGCAACUAGCUUGGUACACAUUAGAUGGAAAUGGCUAUCCUACCUGUGGCUAGCAAGUUAUGAUCUAUGGCUAACAACUCCCAAAGCUAUGAUACUGCAUAUUAGACGUGUCUUCUGCAAGCUAGUCCCCAACUUGUCAAGCCCACCAAUGGGAUGAUGCCCAUCAUGAAGCAGUUGUUGGUGAACAAUAACUUCAACUUUGGUAAACCCCAAGGUUUUGCAUUUUACUUUUAUGGCCUUUUUAUACAAAGUAUACCGAGUAUAAAUAUGAUAUCCUUGGAGUAGUCGGAAGGUGCAAUUUUCUUCCUAUUUGUCAGAGCUAAGCUAGCUCUUCCCCCCUGGCUUCCUGGCCUAGCACUAAGCUAGGCUGAACAAGAUGCACAGAGGUGAAAUUGAUAUCUAUCCAUGACUGGGCAUAAUGACAAACAAGGAUAUCGCUUUAGAUCUCUUGACGAUUCCUACAAGUGUUUUCUUUACACCCAAACAUAUUAGCUAGCUAGUAACAAAUGUCUUCAUUAGUGCGUGUAUUUGGAGGAUUUCAGUAAUGCCUUGCCCUUCCUUCAAUGAGUAACCCAGAACAUAUCAAUGAUGUUUUAAUGAGACUUAUUAGAUAUGUUUCCCUUAAUAAUACCUUUACAUUAAGUAAUUAAAGACACAGGUAUUAGUGUUUUAAUUGUCUCUAAAAUGCAGUUGACAUUUGAGCUUCAAUAAUAAUCACAUAUUUUGAAAAAAAGAAAUAAUUGUUGGAUUUAAUAUUUACUUUGAGACAUACUUAUAAAAUGACUCAUUAAAAGAGCUGAACAAAGACUUGAACAUGGCAUAUGGGCGUUGAGUCAUAUAACAGAGGGGCCACUUACUUUAUUCACAAUGGACAUAAAAUGAUAUAUGUUAGUCAAAUUAGUUACCAUGGGAAUAGUGAAGUAACGUUACUAGUCACCUAAAAUCACACAUAGUUAAAACUCGGUUGCUCUGAGUAAGUAGUUCACAUUCAAGUAGUUAGGCAUUAUAGUAUCUGAGAAAUCACCACAAUUCACAAUACCGUCAUGAUAUUGUUUUUGUAUGUGAAAACACCGGGCAUUGAUCCUGUGCACUAUGCAUGGUAUGGCAGGGUAAACGGUGACAUUAAGACUAUAUUGAAGUUGAAUAUAUCCGUGUGUCCAUCACUGCAAAUACAUAUAUAAAGGUAUUAUAAUACAGGACACUUUGUACUGUCAUGUUACAGUUGAAAGGUGCUGUUAAAUGUCAGCCUAAUAAACAUAUAUUACAAGUGACUUAUUUUAAUAGUGUUUUAGUGAUACAAGCUAUAAUAGUGAUACGUUUAUUUAUUAUUUAAAAUAAGUUGUACUUUUGCCAGUAUAAUUUACAGUAUGCUAUAAGAGUUUGUGAUGGCCAGCAGGAUAGACUGCAGCGUUGUGAUCAAGCUGAAUCAAAAGUAGGAUCUCGAAUUGGAUAAAGAAAAAUAUCUGUGAUGAAAAGGAUUUUAACGAACCCCGUUGACACAGUUCCACACUACAUGAGAAUCGUUCCGUUUACGGUAUCGCUUUUUUAUCAAUGAUCUUUUGUCAUGCGAGAAAUAUAUGCGAAAGAGAGCGUCUUACAGUAAUUUACAGAUGCUUUCAACAAUGACUGUUUUUCAACCUAUGUUUAAGGUUGCGGACAUAUAGAUUCCUAAUCCAAGCUGGCAUCCACUGUGGCUGUGAUGGACGUAAACCGUGGUAAAUGUUGAGGUGACCACUGUGCAAGUGGUCAGUGCGGUGCAAGUGAUUUAACGGUGAAAUGUCAGUAACCCCACUUGGCUGUACCAUAUACUUCUGUCACUAAAAGAGUUUUUCCUUUU